CCUUGAGACUGAAAGCGGGUUUGUAGUUCAGCUACACGGUUGAGGCCAAGCCUUCAGGGGAGCGGCGUUUGCGAACACAUAGUUGAAGUGUUAUACAGGACGCAAUGGCCUCCAUGCUGCUGAAGUCAGUUCGUAACUCCUCUGUCAGUCCCUCAUGGGCUCUGCAGUUCGCCACACGAUCCCUUAGCACGACGACUCAGCUGCAGGCUCAAGCUCAGACAAAAAGCAAGAAGACACUGGCUCGUCCUGGUGUGAAGAACAUAGUACUGGUCGAAGGAGUACGAACCCCGUUCUUAAUGUCGGGGACUACCUAUGCUGACCUGAUGCCUCACGAUUUAGCCAGAGCAGCUUUACAAGGUCUUCUACACAAAACAGGCCUACCCAAAGAUGCUGUGGACUAUAUCAUCUAUGGAACAGUCAUUCAGGAAGUAAAGACAAGCAAUGUAGCAAGAGAGGCGGCACUGGGUGCAGGCUUCUCUGAUAAGAUCCCUGCUCACACAGUCACCAUGGCAUGCAUCUCCUCCAACCAGGCCAUGACCUCAGCUGUUGGCCUAAUUGCUGCGGGCCAAUGUGACGCCGUGGUGGCAGGCGGGGUCGAGUUCAUGUCUGACGUUCCUAUUCGUCACAGCCGCAAGAUGAGGAAGACGAUGCUUUCGCUCAACAAGGCAAAGACCCUUGGCCAGAGGCUCAGUUUGAUUGGCAGCAUUCGGUUGGCACACCUGUCACCAGAACUUCCGGCUGUAGCUGAAUUCUCAACAGCUGAAACAAUGGGCCACAGUGCUGACCGCCUGGCUGCAGCAUUUGGAGUAUCCAGAGCAGAGCAGGAUGAGUUUGCACUACGAUCGCACACUUUUGCCCAAAAGGCUCAGGAUGCAGGAUUGCUGAAGGAUGUCAUCUCCUUUAAAGUGCCAGGUCGAGAUAUUGUUUCCAAGGACAACGGCAUCCGUCCAUCCUCCAAGGAACAGAUGGCCAAACUGAAGCCAGCCUUUGUGAAACCUCACGGCACCGUCACUGCCGCUAACUCUUCCUUUUUGACUGAUGGUGCCUCUGCUGUGCUCAUUAUGUCUGAAGAGAAAGCUCUGGCAAUGGGCUACAAGCCUAAAGCGUAUCUGAGAGACUUUGUUUACGUGUCUCAGGAUCCUAAAGAUCAACUUCUUCUUGGACCAACGUAUGCUACACCUAAAGCCUUAGAACGCUCCGGUCUGACAAUGAAUGACAUUGAUGUGUUUGAGUUCCAUGAGGCAUUCGCAGGUCAGAUUAUGGCAAAUCUGAAGGCUAUGGACUCUGAUUGGUUUGCCCAGACUUAUAUGGGCAGAAAAUCUAAGGUGGGCACUCCUUCCAUGGAGAAGUUCAAUAUCUGGGGAGGAUCUCUGUCCUUGGGUCAUCCAUUUGGUGCUACAGGUUGCAGACUGGUCACCACAGUUGCACACAGAUUGCAGAAAGAAGGAGGACAAUAUGGACUCGUGGCCGCAUGUGCUGCUGGAGGACAGGGUCAUGCCAUGGUGAUUGAAGCCUACCCCCAGUAAAGCAUGUACAUUAACACCGCUUACCAACAUCAUCAUGUUUAUCACAAGAGCGAUACUCAAAAACAUUCAGUACUUAACAGCCGAGUGUAUAUUUCUCCACCACUUGCCUUGAUUAGAGAGAAUCUAUGUAGAGUGGGCGGGAGCCUCGUGUGAAAUGUCAGUCAAUUAUUGCAGGGAAAUGUGGAAAGUCGCCUUUUGAGUUUAGGAAGUUGCAGGAGCAUCAUGUCAGCACUUUCAGUACAAUGUAUCAUUGCAAAGUUAAGGCCUUCAGAUGAGAUAAGAUUAUGCUAAUGUUUAUACUUGUUAGAAUGUUUUUCUUACAAAACUGAUGGAAUUAAAGCAUGUGAUGGUACAGACUGCAGUUGUUUCUUUGUUAUCAUGAAUCCAUACUCAUUUUACUUUUUAUUGUAUAAAUGUUCAUAAAAUAAGUCGAGUUAUAGCAGGCAGAUUUGCAGGAAUCAUAAUUCCUUUUGCCAAAAGGAAUAUUGUUUUUCUUUGAAUCUUAAAGCAAUUUUUCGGGUAGAAUUACCAUCUUAAACUUAAUUUUGCUUCAGCAGAUGAUAAUGUAAUUGUGUGAUUUUCCAACUAUCAAAGAAUUUGUGUCCCAAGCAGAAAUAUGGAAAACAAAAACACAUUUGCAAUGUUUUAUUGAUGCUGCAAUUAUUCAGAUGACUUUACAGAAAAUUAUCAUAGAUAAUU